AUGGCUCGCACCCGCACUACAUAUAGUCUCAAUUUUCGUCGCAAACUCCAACUUUUCAUCAUGUUUAAAACCAUUGGAUCUACCGCUAGACAUUUCUCUACCACCUCCAGAGUGUUGAGAACCAAAGUGUUCAUCACCCCUUCCAUUGGUGGCCAGCUUCAGUCUCCAAUCAAAUUCGAAUUAUAUGACGAUGUUGUUCCCAAAACUGCCGAGAACUUUAGAGCCUUGUGUACUGGCGAAAAGGGUUUCGGAUACAAUGGUUCUAUUUUCCACAGAGUUAUCCCAAGCUUCAUGUUGCAAGGUGGAGAUUUUGAGACCGGAAAAGGUUACGGAGGAAAAUCAAUUUACGGUAAAAAAUUUGAAGAUGAAAACUUCAACAUCAGACACACCAAGCCUGGCUUGUUGAGUAUGGCCAAUGCCGGACCCAACACCAAUGGAUCGCAAUUUUUCAUCACCACUGUUCCAUGUCCAUGGUUGGAUGGAAAGCAUGUAGUUUUUGGUGAGGUUAUUGAAGGUAUGGACACCGUCAAGAAGAUCGAAGGUGUUGGAUCAAACGGUGGUCAAACCAGAGCUCCUGUCGUUAUCGAGGACUGCGGUGAAGCCAAGGACUAA